AUGAAGUACCCAACAUUGACUCCCGCACGCCAAUGUGAACCAGUCGCAAUCGUCGGCAUUGGAUGCCGAUUACCAGGGAAAGCUUCAUCCCCAUCCAAACUGUGGGAAUUGCUUGUUAAGAACGAGACGGGCCAUUGUGACGUUCCAUUAGAGCGCUACAAUGCAGCGGCAUAUUAUCAUCCGGAUGCCGAACGACCAGGAAGUAUCAAUUCGACCGGCGGAUACUUCAUCCAGGAGGACAUCCGAGCCUUCGAAAACGCGUUCUUCGGGAUCAACAACCUCGAAGCAACGUCCAUGGAUGCGCAGCAAAGGAAGCUACUCGAAGUGGCCUACGAGGCGCUGGAGAAUGCCGGUGUGCCGUUGGAAAGCGUCCAGGGCUCAAAAACCGGUGUUUAUGUCGGCAACUUCACCAACGAUUUCUUGAACAUGCAGUACAAAGACCCGGAGUACUUUUCCCGAUAUAGUGCCACGGGAUCGGGACUGACCGUGCUGGCGAAUCGGAUUACACAUUGCUUCGAUCUGCGUGGCCCGUCCCAUGUGGUCGAUACGGCUUGUUCAUCGUCCUUGUAUGCGCUGCAUUCGGCCUGUUUAGCCCUAGAUGCACAGGACUGUGACGCGGCCGUGGUGGCUGCUGCAAACCUCAUCCAGUCUCCCGAGCAGCAGAUGAUUGCCGUGAAAGCGGGGAUUUUAUCACCAGACUCGGUGUGUCAUACCUUCGAUGAAUCGGCCAACGGAUAUGGUAGAGCGGAGGGGGUGUCAGCCGUAUAUCUGAAGCGGCUCAGUGAUGCACUGAGGGAUGGAGAUCCCAUUCGCUCGAUUAUUCGAGGAACCUCUGUCAACGGGAAUGGACGAACACCAGGCAUUGUCCAGCCUAGUGUGGAAGGGCAAAAGGCCGUCAUUCGGGCGGCAUAUCGUCGAGCAGGUCUGGAUCUGGGAGACACAGACUACGUCGAGCGGAAGGCGCAUGGGACCGGCACCAAGGUCGGUGAUCCUAUGGAGGUCAAGGCCAUAGCCGAUGUUUUUCGUCAUCGGACGGGACGCCCGACCCUCGUUGGGGGCAUCAAGCCGAACCUUGGUCACAGCGAAGGCGCGAGCGGUCUUUCAAGCCUAAUCAAAGUCACCCUAGCGCUCGAAAAUGCGUUACUCCCGGCGACGGCCGGGAUUAAGGCCAUCAACCCGAGCAUCAAAUCAAAGGAAUGGAACGUGGACAUUGUUACUACCAAUCAAUCCUGGCCGGAAUCCCGAGUCCCACGAGCCUCGAUCAAUUCGUUCGGCUUUGGGGGUUCAAAUAGCCAUGCUAUUUUGGAAGCUGUGCAGGCGGACAUAUUGACCAACAGUUGUAGGGAUCCGCUGGUAGACGAAAAUGCAGAGAGGCUCUAUCUGUUACCUCUUUCGGCUCGAUCUGAGACGUCCCUCGGACGGAUGGCUAGUAACUUGGCUGAUUUCGCUUCCCACCCAGCUCGGACGAUUCGAAUAGAUGAUCUGGCUUUUACGUUGAGCUGUCGUCGCUCCAAGCUGGCUACUCGUGGCUUUUUCAUCGAAUCUCAAGCGAGCCUGAAUAGGGGGCUCAAUAUGGCGAGCCUGAAGCUGAGAGAUUCUGACAGCGAAGGACCAUUCCCGUUGGCCUUUGUUUACACCGGACAGGGAGCACAGUGGGCUGGAAUGGGCAAAGAGCUUUUGAGCCAUAGCCACGUGUUUAGAAAGACUAUAGGCUAUCUUGACUCUUGCCUCCGAGGCCUUGAUCCAGAACAUGCGCCCGCCUGGACACUGGAGGGUGUUCUGCGAGGUGAUGAAAGCUGUGAUAUUAGCGCCGCAGAAUUAUCGCAGCCACUGUGUACGGCGGUGCAAAUUGCCCUGACGGACCUACUCAAAGAUUGGGGUUCUCUGCCGGAGAUGGUGACAGGCCAUUCCUCCGGCGAGAUAGGAACAGCGUAUGCGGCCGGGGCUAUCGAUGCCCGGCAAGCCAUCAUAGCGUCCUAUUUCCGCGGAACUACUGUUGCUGAGGACUCCACCGAUGGUUCGAUGGCUGCUGUGGGUCUUGGGAAAGAUCAGACCGAGGCGAUAAUCGAGGAAUGUGCGUUGGGAGAGUCUGUUACCGUUGCUUGUGCGAACUCGCCAGAGAGCACGACCGUGAGCGGGGAUACAGUUGCCGUCAAUUAUCUUCUUGGGAUUUUCCAACGAAAGGAUAUCUGGGCUCGAAAGCUAAAGACCGGAGGCAAAGCGUACCACUCGCAUCAUAUGAAGAUUCUGGGGCCGAAAUAUGAGGCCUUACUCAAGCGCUAUUGGAAUACGGCUAAUGGCUACCACGAUGCAAAUGGCGCUGUGGAUGGUCCAGCGUCGUCAGUGGUCAUGGUUUCCACUGUGACUGGUGGGCUGGUGAGUACAAAUCAGGUUGGGGUGCCCGCAUACUGGCGUACAAACCUCGAAUCUCCAGUGCGAUUUGACGAGGCCAUUAAAACUAUCCUGGCGCGUGGCAGUUACCAUCUGGUAGAACUUGGUCCGCACUCGGCUUUACAGCUCCCCAUCAAGCAGAGUGCCUUGACACUCGAACAAAGUCGCUAUAUCUAUAAUUCCUCUCUCAUACGUCACCAAGAUGCUUGGUUGACUACCCUUCAGCUUGUCGGUUCACUGUUUUUACAUGGCCACGAUGAGCUUCAAUACCACAAGAUGUUUGCGGAUGAAACCCAGACCCGUGUCUUGGUUGAUUUGCCUCCUUAUCCCUGGGACUACAGUUCUCCCACCCUGUGGUCUGAGCCUCGCGCCAGUACCGUGUUCCGUCACCGCAAAUACCCCCCGACACGAUCUCCUCGGAUCCCAAGUGUCCGGGGGGAGUACCGCAGGAGUGACGUGGCGAAAUUGGUAUUCCCCGCCGCUGCAUAUAUUGCAAUGGCCGUCGAGGCUAUGUGCCAGGUUGCAGGUCUGCAGCAGGAAGAUUGUCCUGGUGUGGAACUUCGCAAUCUCAACUUCAUCAAGGCUCUGGACAUGGAUCCCGAGCGAAGGCCCAUGGUGGAGACCUUUGCCGAGAUGCGUUCGAUGAAGAUUUCCAACCUGGCGGAUUCAGAUAAAUGGUGGAGAUUCAGUGUUGUUUCGAUCGACAAUGAUUCCCAGGCGACCUUGCAUAUGCACGCGGCUGUCCGCCUAGCAGAAACCUCACCACGGACAACUCGACAGAUUAAGCUUGAUAGGUCAAAGAUGCAACAGGAUGCGGUCCGUGUCUGGUACGACAAGUUCACUCAAGAAGGGCUCAACUGGGGUCCUCAGUUUGCUGUCAUGGAGGAGGUCUUCCGAGAUCGCGCGCGCACGGCGCACGUAGCAGCAGCCACCACACAUCUCCAGCGGGGAGAAACGUUUGGUCAGUACAUUGCACAUCCGAUUUCCAUAGAUUCCAUGCUACAAACGGCCUUCAUUGCGACAACUAGUGGUUGGGUGAGUAAGCUCCGGGCUACGGUCCCUGUUGCCAUGGACUCGGUUUACAUCGCCCCUCCGUCGGCCCUCGAUAUGGAUACCGCCAAACCAUGGUGCAUUGACACCGAGUCGGAGAACGUAGGCUUUGGAACGGUAAAGAUCAAUGCAGAGCUAUUCAACUCGUCUGGCCAGGUCUUGAUCAGAAUGGGCCAGGCGCGUUGUAUUGCCUACCAAGGGAACAGGCAAACGGAAACCACAGAGCAACGCAAUCCUCUUGUGAGAGCUGCAUGGAAGCCGGAUCUACCUGCACUAACCAGUACGGGACUUGACGAGUAUCUGAACCGGUUCGCACAGAACUGCGGCUCUAAGGAAUUGGCUGAUGAGGGUGUGCUGCGCUUGGCUGGUGCCUUGGAUUUGGCCUGUCACCAGCGGUGUAAUAGCAAUAUCCUCGAACUUGGCGACCAAGCCCGAAUAGCGGAGGCUGUUCGUGGGCUCUUACGUGUCGACUCCUCUUUCGCAAGGUAUAACACUUAUUGUCGUGGGGUCUUUGCAGACGGCGAUCUAGUCGGCGCGGAAGUUUUCUCGGGGACUGCAGGCGAGCAGAAACCAGAGCGCCCAACGGGGAUUCCACAGGAAAGGAAAUUUGAUAUAGUUCUCAUCCCCUCGGUUGAUCUAUGGAUACCAGCCCUCUCCAGCAGGCUCGCACCGGGAGCAACUGUCAUCACGACGGCGGAUGCACUCGGUGACGUUGUCACUUGGACGAAGGUCAUCAAAGGAAGUGGUUAUUUUCCUGUGACAGUCGCGACUAUAGGCGGCCUGGCUAGCAAGGAAAAGGUUGAUAAAACCCCGACAGUCGUGGUGACCCGAGAUAACAACGUAACACGCCUAGACAUACAGCUCCAAAAGGUCUUACAAGAACAUUUAGGAUCCGUCGUCAAUAUUGUUGGUUUGUCCCAGGUCAGCCUCACGACCGUUCCGGACCGGUCAUUCGUCAUAUCCACACUAGAACAGCAGAAGCCUCUCCUGAGCAGGAUUGACAAGGGUGAGAUGGCACAGCUGAAAAGUAUUACGGAUCGGGUAGCCAAGAUCGUAUGGGUCGUCAAUGGCGGCUUCGUGGAUGGAGAAAACCCCGACUUUGCGCCAGUUCUGGGGCUCUCCCGUGCGCUCAUGCUCGAACAGCCUUCCCUCCAAUUUGCGGUUCUAGAUGUGGACGAUAAAUCAGCAUCAUCUCCCGACACCUUGCAGAACAUUGUCAGUGUUUUGGACCGACUGAUCCAUGAACCGGAGCCGGACUUCGAAUUCUCGCAACGAGACGGCGUCCUCCAUAUCUCUCGCUGGGAACCAGACGAGCGUCUCAACGAAACCUUCCGUCUCAAGCAGAAUAAGGAUACCAUUGGCCUUCCUCUAGCGACUGCCGGGCGUUGCGAAUUAGGUAUCAAGAACCCCGGACAAAUGGACACGAUACAUUUUGUGCACAAGGAGUAUACAACCGCCUUGCAUCCAGAUGAUGUGGAAAUCAGCGUGAAGAGUGUAGGUAUGAAUGCCAAGGAUCUGUAUGCCAUAAGCGCCAAGGUAGACACCAAGGAUGCAUCAUGCUCGUGUGAAUGUGCUGGUUUUAUCACCGCUGUGGGCGACAACGUUUCCGACUUCAAGACUGGUGAUCGUGUAGUUGCAAUGGCUCCCGGCCAUUUUGCAACCGUCGAGCGCUUCCCACAUUGGGCAGUGUGCAAAUUGACCGACGACGAAGAUUUUACGACAACCUCCACUAUUCCCAUUGUUUUUUCGACGGUCAUCUAUGGACUGAAGCAUCGGGCGAAUCUGCAGCCAGGAGAGUCAUUCCUCGUUGAGAAGUAUGAUCUGGAUCCAGCGCAUAUUUUUAGCUCGCGCGAUUCAUCCUUCCUCCCUGCCAUCAUGGAAGCCACUUCUGGUCAGGGGGUUGACGUGGUUUUGAACUCUCUCACCGGUGAGCUUCUACACAGCAGCUUUGAAGUAUGUGCCGACUUUGGCCGCUUCAUAGAGAUUGGGAAACGUGACAUCCUUGAUCAUGGCGUCCUGGACAUGUCCACGUUCGCCCGUAAUGUCUCCUUCAUGGCGUUUGACCUGUCCAAUCUCUAUCUCUCCAACAAGCAUGCCCACCAUCAACUCUGGAAAGCCCUGAUUGCAGAGAGUCUCGAUCUAGUAAGAUCCAAGAUCUGUGAGCCGUGUUUUCCAGUCAAGACAUUCGACGCGUCAGAUAUUACCGAUGCGUUCAGGCACUUCUCCCUAGGCACGCGACUGGGCAAAGUAACCGUGUCGUUCCAGGAUCCAAACAGUAAGAUACGGGUGAUUCCGACGAAGUAUGAAACCGCCUUUAGUGCCCAAAAGUGCUACGUCAUGGUCGGGUGCCUGGGCGGGCUAGGUCGCAGUCUUUCCAAGUGGAUGAUAUCUUGCGGUGCUCGACGGUUCAUCUUUCUGGGUCGAUCUGGUUCCGAUAGACCCGAGGCAAAGGAUAUAGUUGAUGAUCUACGGGCCCAAGGAGCCAACGUCACGGUGAUCCGGGGAGAUGUUUGCAAGUAUGAGGAUGUCGAACGGGCUCUGGAAUCCGCGGAUUGUCAUAUUGGUGGCGUAAUCCAGGCGGCCAUGGCACUCAGCGAGGCUCUCUGGAGUGAUAUGCCGCACAGCGCAUGGCACACCACCAUCGGCCCCAAGGUGCAGGGCACUUGGAAUCUUCACAAUGCGUUGGGCCAGGGUCGGGACUCCCAGCUGGACUUUUUCGUCACGACGUCGUCCAUCUCCGGGACCGUGGGCACGGCGACCGAAAGCAACUACUGCGCUGCCAACUCCUUCUUAGACGCUUUCGCCCGCUAUCGCAACCGUCUCGGGCUGCCGGCCAUCUCUAUCGGCUACGGGAUGAUUUCGGAAGUGGGAUAUUUGCACGAGCACCCCGACAUCGAGGCCCUCAUGAAGCGCAAAGGGAUCCACCCCAUCAACGAAGACGAACUGAUCCAGAUCAUGAACAUGGCCCUUGUGAACCAAAGACCAUACACGUGGGACAUCCGGUACGAUCAUCUCGCGGGCAGCCACCUUCUUACCGGGGUGGAAUUCAUCGGCCUCCAGGAGCAGCGGGAACGAGGAUUCGAGGGAGACAACCAUGUAUUUGCCGAUCCUCGAGCUGCAUUGUUCACUGCGUCCUUUGCCCGCCGCGCCGCAGGCGAGAGCGAGACGCACAGCGCGGCGGCGCAUCUCCCUGGGGAGAUCGCGCGAGCGCUGCGCGACCACCAAGAUACGGCAUCGAUCCUCGAUGCACUUCGGGCGGUUAUAUCGAAGAAGAUCUCCAAUCUCAUCCUUCUGCCGGAGAGCGAACUGGAAGCAGAUCGGCCUCUAGGCGAUUUCGGCUUGGAUUCUAUGCUGGCUGCCGAGUUUCGGACCUUUAUUUUCCGCACGUUCGAGGUCGACGUACCCUUCGUUGUGCUCUUGAAAAGGAGUACGACUGUGAAUCUCCUGACCAGCCUGAUUGCCCAGUGCCUGGAGACGAGUGCUUAG